GGUGUCUGGUUGGUAGCCGUCUGAUAGAAUACGUGGCGUCAUCAAGACCUGGGGCUCAAGGAAGAACUUAGUUAAAAAAAGAGAAAGAAAAUACAGUUGUCAUUGUUAUUAGUACAGUACUGUAUUGUAUUCAGGGUUUCCACAAACACACCUUCAGAUAGGCGAUGAAGGUGCAGGAGCACCAUGCACACACAGUCUCCAAGAUUAAUCACACUGCUCUUUAUUCUCUUUAAACACUGGUGUAUGUACCCGUGGCCUGUGUGGAUGAGGGCGAGUUUUACAGGAUGAGUGAUAGUCCUGUUAGUCCCCUGACUCUGAUCUGUGUGGGAUCCAGCUUUGCAUUCUCUGGGCUGUUCUACCAUUUGUACCAACAGAAGAGACAAGAAAUACACAACAUUGAGAAAAUCCCGAAGGUUCAGCUGAAUAAAGACCUGAUAAAGAUAUUGGCAGCGUCACACAGGAAAAGGCUGGGAUAUGCUGUCAUAGAAGGAAUAGUUCAGCCAGAGGGGGAGCCCCUGGCCAGCCAGUUUGUGCCCAGGUGCUUCGGAGUCAUUCAAAAGGUCAUUGUUCGGGAGCACAAGAAGGUCUGGAACAGCAUCACAAACACAUGGAAUGACAGAACGCAGAACAGCAAGGAGAGCACCAAUACCGUCCCCUUCAGCCUUGUCCCACGUGGAGGUGAUGGAGGAGACGGGGUCUCUGUUCAGGUGGUCUCCCCGCUGGAGGCCUCCAAUCUCUGCCUCGAACCUGUGUACCGGCGCCUGCGCAAGGCCCAGGAGGGCUUCGUGGACUACAUAGCGCAGGGGCUGAGUGGGGAGAAGCCGGUCGGGCUGCAGGAGACGGAGGAGAUGCUGCGGGUCGGGGCCACCCUGACCGGAUUCGGGGAGUUGGUCCUGGAACCUGGGAGAGUCCUGAAGCUGCAGCCCCCCAGGGACGGACAGGAGUAUCUACUGCUCCUCUCUGACUACAAGAGCUUCCUGCAGCAGCACCAGAAGUCCCUCAGCAUGUGGAAGGUUCUGACAGCUCUCUUCAGGCUCGCUGGAGCCACUCUCCUGGCCUACAUUCUUUACAGGGAGUAUCGGAGACAGACAGACAACAGCCAAGCCUGAAUCCACUGGCCUGUAUUUUCCAAUCUGUGCAAACUGCAGGCAAAUGACUGCUCCAUAUUGAAUGUAUGAUGUGUGCAGUUUGCACACAGUGGAAAAUCAGACCCAUCAACCAUAUUGGGUCAAUUGCAAUGGACUUGAAUUACAACCUUGGUUGUGUACUAAGUUGGGUGCUGGCUGGUGGAGUGCUUAGGUUCAUUGCAAUUAGUAGUUCUGCAGAGUAUCAUGGGUACUGUCCUCCAUCUGCAUCAACCCUGUGCUUAAACACUGAACUGAUAGGACUCCUAUUGUGUAGCAGUUUUAAGCCAUUUUGCCAUAAAGCGUAGUCUUUUUUAGGGAAACAAUCAGCUGACAAAAAUUGUACAACGGAGCACAAACAGAAACAUUCUUGUUUAAUAAAGAUGUACCUCGUUAACAAAAUAAACACGAUUUCCUUGC